UGAACCUCUUGCUCAAAAUGUUGACUGCUGCUCGGGCCAUAGUGCGGUCGCAUAACAGCCUCCUGUGUCGCUCCUUCUACACAUGGAAUAUCCCUACGGAUACUCCGCGUGUGGUUCUCGACGACGGAAGUACCUUAAUCCACAGACACGCCGCACCCGUCAAACCAUCCAGUGAAAAGGACCUUCCUCCAAGACUUCGAACAUAUCCCAAGCGAUCAUGGCUCACUCAACAACAAAUAGAGGAAGCUAGAACACUGCGACAGGAGGAUCCGGAUACGUGGACAGUACAGGAACUUGCCAGAAAGUACAAUUCUUAUCCUGGCUUCAUCAUGCGAAUCGCCCCAUGUCCCAAAGACCGAAAGGACAUGCUCAAAAAGCAGGCGGAGACAGAGUUUGAGAAUUUGCCACUAGGGAAGAAAAAGACGAGAAUCGAUAGAAUUAGGCGGAAGGCUUUGUGGUGAGGGUCUCGGGAAGGAAAGGAGUUCCUUCGGAUGUCCUAUUGCCGAGCUAUGUAGUAUAUUCAGACACUACCUAGAUACUGACAAAUGGCAUGCGAUACGUGCGCCAGCGUCGGCCUCUCAUUAUCUAGGACGUUAUAUGUCGGGUGGCAAAUCUUGUGUCAAGAGGUGCACACCAGUAGUAGUAGCUACGGGAAUCUGGGAUAUCAGGUCAAAACUGCAUAAUAGAGCAACAUGUCACUUUCAUGACCGUAUCACACAUGUAUUUCAAAAACUUCGUAGUUCUUCGGUCUUGCGAAGGCUGAAGAUUGAAGCUUGACGGGUGAGGGCAGGUUUUACAGCAAAUCCCUAAAUAAGAGUAAUGCCGAUCAUUCUACGGAGCGAACUUUGAAGACAUGCAUCUU